AUGGGCGCAUUUGGAAACGUUUACCUGGGUUUUAAUAGUGAAAAAGGUAAAAUGUGUGCUAUGAAGGAGUUCUACCUGCAACCUGACGGUGUAAAGCCAAAUCAAAUUGCCAUGUUGUUUAGAACAGAAAUUGCACUAUUGUCCACCCUAAAGCAUCCCAACAUUGUGUCGUACUACGGAUCUGAAAUGGUUGGUGGUAAUGUAUAUGUAUAUUCUGAGUAUGUCGCUGGUGGAUGCAUCCAGAAGGUUCUGAAAGAAUAUGGAAAAUUAGGAGAAUCAGCCAUCCGCAUUUAUACUCAACAAAUUUUAUUGGGAUUAGCUUAUUUGCACUCCAAAUAUAUUACACAUGGGGAUAUAAGAGGGGCCACAAUACUUAUUGACCCGAACGGUGGAGUUAAGCUGUCCUGUUUCGGCAUUGAAAGAAAAAUUGCAGUGCAAUCCAGGCCAUCACUGCUUACAGAUAGCUCUUAUUGGAUGGCACCUGAGGUCAUAAUGAACCCGAACACCUGUAACAGAGCGAUGGAUAUAUGGAGUCUUGGGUGCACUAUUAUAGAAAUGGCAACAUCUGAACCGCCCUUAAGCCAAUAUAAAAAGGGUGGGGCGAUGUUCAAGGUUGCAUAUCAUAAGGAACUCCCAUCAAUUCCCGAUCAUCUGUCGGAUGAAGGUAAGGAUUUCGUGAGUCGUUGCUUGCAGUGGGACCCGGUGCAUCGAGCCACAGCUUCUGAGCUUUUGGAACAUCCUUUCGUAAAAAAUUGGUCACCUUUAACAAAACAAACAAGGGUCACUACGUUUCAGGGUUAUCCAACAGAUACUGUACCUUCUAUGCUGGGAGCAUCAAACUCUAAUCUUCAUCCAAGUGAUAUUUACACUCCAAGAAAUAUACCACCCCCUGUGCCUCCAAUUGGGAGUCCUCUCCCACAUUCAAGAUCACCUCAAAAUCUGAACACGCUGCAAAAGUCCCAACCACUAAAGUCCACCCAAUCCAGCUCACCGGGCCUUAAUAGUGCCGUAUGGUAUUCUCACCUUAAUCGACCACUUUUGCCACCAGAGGCGUUUCAUGAUUCUCCAAAACACAUGCCCGGCACAAAUAUCACUCCUUACUGGGAUCCCGAGAUUCUACGAAGGGCAAAGCAUUCUCGUGAGAAUAAGAAUCUUGGGAGUGCUGCCAAAGAGCAGGUUAAAGAGCAGUUGGUAAUGGCAGAUCGGGUUUUGCAGCAACUCGUCAGGGCACCUAUGACUAGCCACCACGCGGAUCGAGUGUAA